ACUGACAAUCCUGGACAUCCCCUAUCCAAGACACACCUACCGACUUAUAACGCAGCGCAGCGCAUUCACAUAUUCCGUCUUAAACCAACAUCAAACCAAACCAAAUCCAACGUCAAACGUCGGAUGUCAAAAGCCAUAAAACAUCAAAAGAAGAAGAAUAAGUCCAACGUCGGAUUGGAAGUUUUAAGGACUUGUCACUCCGAAAAUAGCCACACAGAAAGCAGUAUGGAUUCAUCAAUCAUUAGGAUCCCACCUCACCACUACAUCCAUGUCUUGGAUCAGAACACCAACAUUGCGCGGGUGGAGAUCGGCCCUCUUACCUACAUCCGCCAGGAUAAUGAAAGGGUUCUCUUUUCCCCAGUGCGUAUGACCAUGGUGCCACCUCGGCAUUACUGUGUUGUGCUCAACCCUGUUGUUCGUAAUGAUGAGGGCCAGGUUCAGUUUGAUACAUCCGGUCAAGCCAAGCUGCGACAUGCCGACCUGGAGAUCCGUCUGACACAGGAUCCGUUCCCUCUCUACCCUGGUGAAGAGAUUCAGAAGGACGUGACACCACUGCAGAUAGUCUACCCAGACACAGCCUUGCGCCUGCAGGCACUGCUGGACUUUGAAGAAGAGGGAGGAGAGAAGCGAGUAGCGGGAGAUGAGUGGUUGUUUGAGGGACCAGGAACGUAUAUUCCCAGGAAAGAGGUGGCAGUGCUAGAAGUCAUAAAGGCCACAGUGAUCAGAGAACACCAAGCCAUUCGUCUUAGAGCACGUAAAGAAGGACUGGACCGAAGCGGAGUCCAAAGAGUUACAGGUGAGGAGUGGCAAGUCAGUAAGGUGGGAGCUUACCUGCCUGGAGCUCAUGAAGAAGUCGUGGAGAUUGUCAAUGCCUUCAUCCUCACAGACAAGAAAGCCUUGCAUGUGCGCGCUCUUCGCCCAUUCCGUGAUGCCGGAGGCCGUGACCGCCGCACUGGAGAGGAAUGGCUCGUGACAGUGGCAGACAGAGAAGCUCAUAUCCCCUCUGUUGCCGAGGAGGUUGUCGGGGUGGUUGACGUAACGACACUAAACAGCAGACAGUACUGUGUGAUUCUGGACCCCGUAGGACAUGAUGGAAAACCUCAACUUGGACAGAAGAGAGUGGUGAAGGGUGAGCGUUCAUUCUUUCUAAGGCCAGGUGAGCAUCUGGAGAAUGGGAUUCAGGAUGUGUACGUGCUCUCUGAAGAGGAGGGGCUUGUGCUGCGUGCUGUGGAGGCUUUCAUUGACACAGAGGGGGAAGAGGAAAAGGAGGAAGGAGAAAGCAGCACCAAAAAGCGGGGGAUCCAGCGCCGCCCGGGUGACCGGUGGAUGCUGCGUGGGCCCAUCGAAUAUGUGCCACCUGCAACUGUGGAAGUGAUGGUGCGACGUGAGGCGAUCCCAUUGGACGAAAAUGAAGGAAUUUACGUCCGUGAUAUCAAAACCGGAAAGGUGCGCGCUGUGAUUGGUCAGACUUACAUGCUAACACACGAUGAGGAGUUGUGGGAAAAGGACCUUCCUGCCAAUGUGGAGACUCUUCUGGGUCAAGCUCGUGAUCCUCUGGCUGACCGUUCCAGCCGCCAUGGAGUAGUGUUACAAGAUGAAAGAAAUAAAAACAGACUGGUGACUUUUCGCGUCCCACACAAUGCAGCUGUGCAAGUGUACGACUACAGAGAGAAGAAGGCCAGGGUAGUGUUUGGACCCGAAAUGGUGAUGCUGGGUCCUGAUGAGCAAUUUACAGUUAUGUCUUUAUCUGGAGACAAACCCAAACGUCCUAACGUCAUCAAAACAAUCUGUCUCCUGCUCGGCCCGGACUUUUGCACUGACAUCAUCACCAUAGAAACAGCUGACCACGCCCGCUUGCAGCUUCAACUCUCCUACAACUGGCACUUUGAUAUCAAACCGCCUGCAGAUGCCGCCAAGGCUGCCGCUCUGUUCUCAGUGCCAGACUUUGUGGGCGACGCUUGUAAAGCCAUUGCUUCCAGAAUCAGAGGAGCUGUUGCCUCGGUGCAGUUUGAUGAUUUCCACAAGAACUCCAUCAGAAUCAUCUGUUCAGCCGUCUUUGGUUUCGAUGACAAACUUGCCGUAAGAUCCAACCUGCGUUUCCAUCAGAAUGGGUUAGUCAUCAGCAGCGUGGACAUUCAGUCUGUGGAGCCGGUGGACCAGCGGACCCGUGAUGCUCUGCAGAAGAGUGUACAACUGGCUAUUGAGAUCACCACUAAUUCACAGGAAGCUACCGCACGACAUGAGGCAGAGCGUCUGGAGCAGGAGGCUCGUGGCCGACUGGAAAGGCAGAAGAUCACGGACCAGGCGGAGGCAGAGAAGGCAAGAAAAGAGCUGCUGGAGCUGGAAGCCCUUAGCGCUGCAGUGGAGAGCACAGGAGCAGCAAAGGCCGAGGCUCAAUCUAGAGCUGAAGCUGCUCGUAUUCAGGGUGAGGCGGCUGUUGAAGAAGCCAAACUUAGAGCAGAGGCGCAGCAAAUUGAGGCUGAUGCUGAGCUGGCCCGACUGUCUAAGGCACGUGAACAAGAGCUGAACUACAAGAAGGAGAUGGAUCGACUGGAGGUGGAUAAGCAGCAAAAGCUGGUGGAGAUGGAGAGUCUGCGCUUCUCCAAGCUAGUGGAGAGUCUGGGCACCGAAACUUUGAAGGAAAUGGCCCGUGCUGGGCCUGAACUUCAGGUGAAGCUCCUGCAGUCUUUGGGUCUGAAGUCUACUCUUAUCACAGACGGCUCCUCCCCUAUUAAUCUCUUUAGUACUGCCAGUGGCUUUCUGGGGGCUCUGCAGGGCAAAGAAGAGCAAUCUUAAGAGAGAGAGGCCUUAUAUUACACAUUAUGCCUUUAUGGAACAACAAUGUUAAACUGCAAUAGCUUUAGUUUCCCAAACAUAUGCAAUAAAUGUGAUAGAAAUGCUUUUCUAUUUGCAAAUGUGCCUUUUAAAGGAGUAUAUGUUUUUCUUUGUUCGAGAAUUAAAAAGCCAUUGUGAUGCAUACGAAAAAGGCUGGGUUAUUUUUAAGCCACGUUGUGUAAAUAUUAGACACUUCUGGGUUAUAAUUGACCCAAUGCUGGGUUGUUUUUACCCAACUUCUGUGUUGCAAAGGAACAACCCGACAUUGGGUCAUUUUAAACCAUAUGUUCUGUUCAAUGUUUACCCAUUAUGGGUUAAAAAUAACCCAGACAUUUGUGUUGUACUCUUUCAAAUACCAAAUAAAAAUAUUGUCCCAACUGUU